AUGCUCACGACCCCAGCUCUCAAAAAGUACGACACCGUCUUCCUCGUCGAUGAUUCGGGAUCGAUGGAGAUGUUCUGGGUGAGCGUUCACUGCUCCCCACCCAAGCGGCGCUCCCUCCCCACCCGCUCACAUUCCUUCACCUGCUCCGAGCAUACUAGGAAGACCAACUGGCCCCCGCUCUGGCCGCGGUGAUCCAGACCGCUAUCCGCUACGACGACGACGGCGUCGACAUCUACUUCUUCAACUCGCGCCAUCACGCGACCUCUCGUUCCGCGCCUGAAUUGUUGCAGUUGUUCCAAAAAGUCUGGCCAUCGAAAUCGACACCGACCGCGAGUGCGUUGAGGAGGGUCUUGGACCCGUACGUCUCCAAUCUGGAGAACUGGGUCGUCGAGUACGUAGAACCCCCCUACUCGUCCUGCGAGGAGAACAAAUCUGUCGCUGAUCCGGAUGUCGUGCCAAACAGGGGCAAGCCGAGUGGAUACCCUCGACCGAAGCCCAUGAACGUAGGUUCUCGCACUCGGCGUGGGGGGUCCCCAGGUCAUCUACGUCACGCGGGCCUAACAUUUUGUCUUUCCAAAGCUCAUCGUUUUGACCGAUGGUGCACCGGACCGUGGCGAAGCGCCCGAACCGGUAAUCGUGGAAAUGGCCCAACGUCUCGACAAGAUGCGCAUGCCACCGUCAGUUCAUCGAGCCAUGCGACUCUAUUUCAAAACGCCCCUCGCUGACCACUCAUCGUUCUUUCUCUUCCUCCAGCUUCCAACUCGGUAUCCAAUUCGUACAAAUCGGUACCGACGACGAAGCCGCUCAAUCCCUGCGUUCCCUCGACGAUGACCUACGUGAGAAGCACGGCAUUCGGGAUAUCGUCGAUACGACACUGUUCGAUGUCCAGGGGGGUCAAUUGAACGUCGAGUAUCUGAUGAAGGCUUUGCUGGGGGGUAUGAAUCGGAGUAUCGAUAAUCAGUAA